UAAGACCAAGAUGACCACCAAGAAGGCAGAUUUCCAGCGGAGGAUUGUCUCCAAGGAUGGACACAACCAAGUGCGCAUUGACAAUGUGGAGGGCAUGGUAAAGCUCUAUCUCCACGACAUCUGGACCACGGUGGUGGACAUGAAGUGGCGCUACAAGCUCACACUGUUCUCCUCCACCUUCGUCAUGACCUGGUUCCUCUUCGGCGUAAUAUUCUACUUCAUCGGCAUGGGCAACGGUGACUUCAAGGGUGAGCUGCUGUCCAACCACACUCCGUGCAUCAUGAAUGUUGAGACCCUUACCGGCGCCUUCCUCUUCUCCCUGGAGUCGCAGACCACCAUUGGCUACGGUUUCCGCUACAUUACCGAUGAGUGUCCGCUGGCCAUCUUCGUCCUGGUGGUCCAGCUGGUCACCACGGGCCUGGCUGAGAUCUUCGUGACCGGGGCCUUCCUGGCCAAGCUGGCACGACCCAAGAAGCGGGCCGAGACUAUCAAGUUCAGCCAGUCGGCGGUGAUCUGCCGGCAUGAUGGCAAGCUAUGUCUGAUGGUGCGUGUGGCCAACAUGAGGAAAAGCCUGCUGAUCCAGUGCCAGCUGAUCGGCAAGCUGCUUUCGCCCAACGUGACCGAGGAGGGCGAGAAGACUCUGAUCCACCAGACAGCUGUGGACUUCUACAUGGACUCAUGCGGGGAGUGCCCCUUCCUAAUCCUGCCCCUCACAUUCUAUCACGUGUUGGAUGAAGGCAGCCCGCUGGCGGGGCUGACCGCUGAGAGGUUGCGGACGCGCGACUUUGAGCUGCUGGUCACCCUCAACGCCACCAUGGAGUCCACGGCAGCCACGUGUCAGAGCCGCACAUCGUUCGUUCCCCAGGAGAUCCUGUGGGGCUACGAGUUCAAGCCCGUGCUCUUCAGCACCCCCAGUGGCCGGUACGUGGCCGACUUUAACUUCUUUGACAAGGUGCAGUUAAGCAGCGACCCGACACUCCUCAGCAACAACACAGAGAAGCUGAAACUGGAGGAGGUGUACAAGAAGGAAUAA